GUGUAAACUCCGGCUUUUCUUCCCGUGUACAUAUACAAAGCUGUCUGACACCAUGGCGGUUGUCAAUUUUGAACUGAACAGACAAUGCACAAGGUAUCAAAAUGUAGUAUCACCGGCGCUGUCUGCACAGAGGGAAGGAACAGAAUGCACAGGGCAGGCGCCCGCUUGGCAAGAAUUGCAACUGUUCUAAAGAACAAGGACGUUAAGUCAUUACCACAGAAAGUGCUGUGUAGAAAUUGUCACUCCCGAGAGUUGUUGAUAUCCCACUCAGACAUGAGAGUGAGGCUGAUUCCGGCGCUGGAGGACAACUAUAUGUACCUCCUGAUUGAUGAAGAAACCAAGCAGUGUGCAGCAGUCGACCCAGUCGAACCCCACAAGAUAGCCUCAGCCCUGAAGGAAGAGGGAGUGUCGCUGAAUGCUGUGCUGACAACUCAUCACCACUGGGAUCAUGCUGGAGGGAAUGAGAAGCUUGUCGGUCUUCUGGGAAAGACAACAGUCUAUGGUGGUGAUGUUAGAAUUGGAGAACUCACCAACAAGGUCAAACAUGGGGAUGAGUUCAAGAUAGGCAGCUUGACAGUGAGGUGCCUGUUUACGCCAUGCCACACAUCAGGCCACAUUUGCUACUACGUGACGGGGAAGGAGGCAGAGGACCCUGCAGUCUUCACAGGGGACACGCUGUUUCAGGGAGGCUGUGGGAAGUUCUUUGAAGGGACGCCAGACCAGAUGCACAAGGCCUUGAUCGAGGUCCUUUCUGCACUGCCACAGCAAACAAAAGUGUACUGUGGCCAUGAGUACACUGUGUCAAAUCUGAAGUACGCUGCCCAUGUGGAACCUAGCAGUGAGGCAGUGGCAAGCAGGCUGGAGUGGGCUCAAAAUCAGCGGACAAAGGGUGAGGCAACAGUGCCUUCCACUAUAGGAGAAGAGAUGCAGAUAAAUCCUUUCAUGAGAGUCAGGGAGGCCAGUGUACAGACACACUGUAAUGAGACCGACUCUGUCAAAGUGAUGGGCUUCCUCAGGAGUGAGAAGAACCAGUUCCGACCAGCAGCAUAAUGGCUCCAUGGCUCGAUCUCCAUGCAUUGUGGUGGACAACGCAACCCACAGGCUACCAUGCACUCCUGUUCCUCAAAGUGCUGUAGCUGCAAUUCAGCUCUGAAUAUGACAAUCAAAAUUGUGGCAGUAUUUAGUGUUAUUGUUCAUGUGAACAACAAACUUUUAUAACAAACUGACUUAGAGAAUUGGGAAUUAAUUGUAGCUCUACAGAGGACAGGUGGAUAAACAGCUUGGAAUAAUUACUGCAGUGAUAUUGUGAUGUAUGUAUGAAAUACUAAAUAAGAUGUUGCUUUAACUCUAGCUUGGCUGCUCCUAAUACAGAGUUGCUCUCAACACUGGUAACAGCUGUGAUCACACAGGUGUUGAGAGAUGCAGAUACCAGGUUGAUGUUUGAUUCAUGGCACUUGAAAUAUCUUAUCAAUAUGGGUUUUGAUGAUUUAUUUUUCUUACACAUAAAA